AUGGAUGACGAGGUUCGCAAAAUCUUCAGCAAGUUCGACAAGAAUGGUGAUGGAAGGAUCUCUGUCUCAGAGUUGGAACAAAUGUUUUCGACUUUUGGAUCCAAAACGACGUCUGAUGAAGUGAAAAGUAUGAUGAAACAUAUUGAUCAGAACGGUGAUGGUUACAUAUAUCUCAAAGAAUUCGCCGAUUUCCACGGCAACGAUGCUGCUGCUGGCGCUGGGAAAGAGGAAGAGAUUCAGGAAGAGAUUCGUGAUGCUUUUGACCUUUACGACCUUGACAAGGACGGUCUCAUCUCUGUCAAUGAACUGCACAUCGUUCUUAACAAACUUGGUGAGAAGUGUUCCCUCAGUGACUGCGAGAUAAUGAUAAGCAACGUCGAUGCUGACGGUGAUGGAAAUGUUAACUUUGAGGAGUUCAAGAAGAUGAUGGCUAGCUGA